GAAAAAGUCAGUCAGUUUGAUUUAAACACUGUUAACUACCACCUGUGUUGUGAUAUUGUCCACUGGCAGCAGUAAUGGUGCGGCGUGCUGCUGAUGAAGCGGACGUGCUCGUUUCCACGGAAACGGGAUGCGGGCUGGAGACGGAGAGCGUUUAAAAGCAUCUCCAGCUGCGUGCGGAUGCAGCGACAUCCUACUAACCUACAUACCAACCUGAAACACGCAAUGGCGGCCAAAGGAACAUUUCUCCACUGACAUAUGAUGAUCUACUGCGGCGAAGCGGAACAUAAACGUUCACUAUGAAGAGUAUGGAGCAGGAGCUGCAGUGUCCCGUCUGCAAGGACAUUGUCAAGCAGCCCAUUGUACUUCCGUGUCUGCACAGCGUGUGCCUGAUGUGUGCCUCAGAGGUGCUGAUUCAAAGCGGGUAUCCUCAACCCGAGCUCCCGCCGGAGCCCAACUCACCCGCUUCCACCCCAAACAUGCGCUCACCAAGACAGAUGCGCAGACCCAUGCCUAAAUCUGACCGCGUGGACCGCCUGUUGCGCUCAGGCUCUGGGACAUACCCGGGUCGCAGGCGAAAGGACGGCCCCCCACCUCUUAUGCUGUUUCCUUGCGCCCCCUGUGGGCGAGAUGUAGAACUAGGUGAGAGAGGACUGGCUGAGUGCAUGAGAAACCUGGCACUGGAGAGGAUUGUGGAAAGGUAUAGACACACAGUGAGUCUGGGCAGUGUGGCAGUGAUGUGUCAGUUUUGUAAACCCCCACAGGCCCUGGAGGCCACUAAAGGCUGCGCAGACUGCAGAGCCAGCUUCUGCAAUGAGUGCUUCAAACUCUACCACCCCUGGGGCACUCCUCGAGCCCAGCACGAACAUGUUCAGCCCACACUCAACUUCAGGCCAAAGGUGCUGACAUGCCCAGAACACGAUCAGGAGAGGCUGCAGUAUUACUGUAAGUCAUGUCAGAUGCUUCUCUGCUCUCUCUGUAAACUGCGUCGAGUCCAUGCGGGUCACAAAAUUGCACCCGUCACCCAAGCCUACCAGACUCUCAAGGACAAGAUCACCAAGGAGCUGAACUACAUCCUGUCCAAUCAGGACAUGGUGUUGACUCAGAUCACACAACUGGAGAGCGCUGUCACUCAAACUGAGGUGAACAGCGUAUCGGCCAAAGAGCAGCUCUCUCACUGUGUGAAGGAGAUAAUGGCGCUGCUAACCGAGAGGCAGACAAUGCUGGCGCAGGCUCUGGAAGGUUCACGGCAGAGAAGGGCAGAUGCUUUGUCCAGUCAGGUGGCCGAAAAACGCAGCCUGCUGGAGCAUGCUGGACUGAUGGCUUUCACCCAAGAGCUGCUCAAAGAAAAUGACCCAUCGAGCUUUGUUCACGCAGCUAGAAUAACACACAACAGAUUGGCCCAGUCUAUUGAAUCUAUGCAGCAUUUUGCUCUCUCUGCCGAUCCCUCGUUUCGUCACUUCCAGCUUGAUAUUUCCAGAGAGCUCAAACUCCUCACUGACCUGAACUUCAUUCAGGCCCCUUUCGCACCUGUAAUUGACACCCAGCGGACCCUCGCCUAUGACCAGCUCUUCCUGUGCUGGCGGUUGCCCCAAGACUCCACUCCAGCCUGGCAUUUCUCUGUGGAAUUUCGCCGACGAGGGGUAGUGCCAGGGGGCGGGGCAAGAGGGGGUAUUCGCGGGGGAUUGGCUGCCGCUCGCUGGGGCUGGCAGAGAUUGGAGGAGGUAACCGGGACCUGCGCUGUGAUUGACAGGCUGGAGAUGGACAGUGUGUAUGUGCUCAGAGUGAGAGGCUGCAAUAAGGCCGGCUUUGGAGAAUACAGCGAGGAAGUAUAUUUACACACACCACCAGCUCCAGUUUUGAAUUUUUACCUGGACUCUCGCUGGGGUCUGCACGCGGACAGACUGGUGGUGAGUAAGGAGCAGCGAUGCGCCCGCAGUGUGCCCGGUCUGUCUCUGCUGCAGGCCGCUGAUCGGGCACUGACCUCCUGCCACCUGACAGCGGAUCUGCUGGUGGGAGAUGUGGCCAUAACACAGGGACGACACUACUGGGCAUGCUCAGUGGAGCCCGGCUCAUAUCUGGUCAAGGUUGGCGUAGGCCUGGAGUCAAAACUUCAAGAGUGGUUUCAUCUUCCUCAAGACAUGGCAAGUCCAAGAUUUGAUCCAGACAGCGGUCAUGACAGUGGAGCUGAAGAUUCAUCAGAUUCUCCUCCCCCUUUUGCUUUCCUCACAAUGGGCAUGGGAAAGAUCUACCUGCCUUCUUCUGUCAACUCCCAUCACUGCAACGCUAAUUACAGAGAGUCUGGCUUCACUAAUGGCAACGGCCCUUCCUCGCCAACCGGCGUCACUUAUCCGUUGCCACCGAGACUAGGAGUGUGUCUCGACUUUGAGAAGGGGCGUGUCACAUUUUACGAUGCCCAUUCGCUCCGCCCACUAUGGGAGGGGCCUGUGGACUGCUCCGCCCCAGUGUGCCCUGCGUUCUGUUUCAUCGGAGGCGGGGCUCUGCAGCUACAGGAGCUGGUAGCCAAUCGUAACGCAAAUCAAACCCCUGUGAGACGAGUCACCAUACAAUCACGUGUCACAAAACUGAACUGACCUUCGUUUUUAUAAUUCGAUUUUAAGAGACUCGAUUUUAAGUUUUUAAUUGCACCCAACGUAAAAACCUCUGCUGGUGUUUCUUUUGGUAUUGAGAGGCCUUUAUUGUGGCACUGCUUGCUGAAUUUUAAAACUUUAAAAAAGAAUACAAUUAAUUUGCUGUCACCUACACACUUACCGGCCACUUUAUUAGGUACACCCGUCCAACUACUCGUAAACGCAAGUUGCAGCAACUCAAUGCAUGUACACAUGUAGACAUGUUGCAGUUCAAAACGAGCAUCAGAGUUGGGAAGACUUAUUAUUAUUAGAGUUAUUUAAAUGACUUUUAACGUGGCAUGGUUGUUGAUGCUAGACGGGCUGGUCUGAGUAUUUCAGAAACUGCUGAUCUACUGGAUUUUUUACGCACAACCAUCUCUAGGGUCUACAGAGAAUGGUUUGAAAAAGAGAAAAUAUCCAGUGAGCGGCAGUUCUGUGAGCGCAAAUGCCUUGUUGAUGCCAGAGGUCAGAGGAGAAUGGCCAGACUGGUUACAGCUGAUAGAAAUACAACAGUAGCUCAAAACUCAUUACAACAGAGAAAGGCAGAAGAGCAUCUCUGAAUGCACAACACAUCCAACCUUGAGACAGAUGGGCUACAGCAGCAGAAGACAACACCGGGUGCCACUCCUUUCAGCUAAGAACA